ACAUAUUUUAAUCCUUCUAUAACUAAAUAAUAUAUGGAAAUAAACUGUUCAAGCGAUACAUAUAAAAGUGGUAUUGAUUCCAAUGAAAAUAAUAAAACACCUAUAUAUGGUUUUCCUGCUGAUCAAACAAUGGAGUUUGAUAUUCGCAAGAACCGAUGGACAUAUGAAGAUAAAGAUGGGAAUGAAUAUGAAUAUGAUGAACAGCGGCGUAUUUGGGUUUUAUCUGUAUGGAUGAAGAAUUAAUACGUCUUCAACAAAAUGCUUACUCUGUUGAAGGAGUAGAUGAAACAAUUCCAAUAGAUAUACGAAAAAAAAAUAGGAAGAGGAUGGAUGAAAAAGGAAAAGAUGAAUAUUUAUCUUCAAAAAAAAAAAAUCUAGGAACUUCGAAGAACACAGCAGUCUAUGUCUCUAAUCUUCCUCCGGAUGUAACAGAAGAUGAAAUAAAAGAAACGUUUUCAAAAUGUGGCUUAAUUAGUGAAAAUAUUGAUACAGGCAAGCCCAGAAUUAAAAUUUAUCUAAAUGAGCAAGGUGAACCAAAGGGUGAUGCAGUAGUAGUAUUUUUCAGAGAAGAAAGUGUUAAACUUGCUAUUCAGCUUUUAGAUGAUACGUAUUUACGCCUAGAAGAUAGACAUGGCCAAAAAAUAAAAGUACAAGAGGCAGAUACGUCAUAUAAAAAAUCUCAAAACAAUCCAGUGAAACGAUCUUCUAAUGAGAAACGAAAAUUGCAACAGAAAAUGAAAAAAUUGAAUAAUAAGAUAUCAGAAUGGGAUGAUGAUACUACUACUACUUCUGGAAGAUGGUCGAAAGUUGUUAUUUUAAAGCAUAUGUUUACAUUGAAAGAGCUUGAAGAGGAUAUCACUCUUAUAAUAGAUCUUAAACAAGAUAUUCUUGAAGAAUGUUCCAAAAUAGGAAAUGUUACAAAUAUAGUUUUAUUCGAUUUAGAGCCAGAUGGGGUUGUCAGUGUACGAUUUUCUGAUGAGGAAAGUGCAUUAGUAUGUGUUAAGACAAUGAAUGGUCGUUACUUUGGAGGGAAAAUAGUAAGUGCAGAAAUCUAUGAUGGUAAAGUUCGAUAUCGAAAAAGUAGCAAUAAAAAUACAGAUGAUGCAGAUGAACAAGCUAGAUUAGAAAAAUUUGGAGAAUGGCUUAAAUCUGGGGAAUGAAUUUUUUAUAGAUAGAACAUUUAAACGUUCAAUAUCCGAAAAUGUCUA